CCACCACCUCUGGUCGCAGGGGCGGAGAAGGGGUGACGAGACGGACCCUAGCGCAGAGGUUCUGGGAUAAAGUCUCUGAGGGCACAGCAAACCCAACCUCUUUUCUUCUGGGUAGUUUGAUGGUCUCGUACUUGUUUUUGAACCGGCGGCCGCUUGACCCCGGGUGCAUUGGGAAGUUGCAAAGAGCGUGGGUGUGGGCCCUGCGGUAGCACCGUCGGACCCCGCCUGGCGGAGCCGGGAGCAGCGCCGAAGCAUGGCUGGGUGCCGGGGAAAAAGGCGAAUUGGGGGGCCCUGGGUCCGGCCGAGCGGGGCGCGGGUGCUGCUCCUGAAGCGGUUUCACCUUUGAUUUGGGGACUUAACAGUGGAGAGCUGAGGUCACCUAUUUUUUUCUGAGAGCAGAAACUGGGAGGAGGUGAGCAGAGAGCUGGAAAGGGUUGCGGAGAGGACGCGCGGUGGAGACUCCGCUCCUCGAGCUGUGGAUCGUCCCCCCCACGGGGCGGGGCCUCUCGGUUCCCUGCGGCUCCCAGGUAGCGGAGGGGUAGGCGGCCCGGAGGGGCGGGAACCUUGAACCUGCCUCCGGGGGAAGAGAAACCCGGCUGCGAGCCCGGAGCCGUUUCUUGCAGGGCCAGCGUCAACUCGGCUGGGAUUAUUAACCAGCAUAUACAGUAGCGAUGAGGAUGAUGAGGACAUUGAGAUGUGUGACCAUGACUACGAUGGGCUGCUUCCCAAGUCUGGAAAGCGUCACUUGGGGAAAACUAGGUGGACCAGGGAAGAGGAUGAAAAACUUAAGAAACUGGUGGAACAGAAUGGAACAGAUGACUGGAAAGUUAUUGCCAAUUAUCUCCAGAAUCGAACAGAUGUGCAGUGCCAGCACCGAUGGCAGAAAGUACUAAACCCUGAGCUCAUCAAGGGUCCUUGGACCAAAGAGGAAGAUCAGAGAGUGAUAGAGCUUGUACAGAAAUACGGUCCGAAACGUUGGUCUGUUAUUGCCAAGCACUUAAAAGGGAGAAUUGGAAAACAAUGUAGGGAGAGGUGGCAUAACCACUUGAAUCCAGAAGUUAAGAAAACCUCCUGGACAGAAGAGGAAGACAGAAUUAUUUACCAGGCACACAAGAGACUGGGGAACAGAUGGGCAGAAAUCGCAAAGCUACUGCCUGGACGAACUGAUAAUGCUAUCAAGAACCACUGGAAUUCUACAAUGCGUCGGAAGGUUGAACAGGAAGGUUAUCUGCAGGAGUCUUCCAAAGCCAGCCAGCCAACUGUGGCCACAAGUUUCCAGAAGAACAGUCAUUUGAUGGGUUUUGCUCAUGCUCCACCUUCAGCUCAACUCUCCCCAACUGGUCAGCCCUCAGUGAACAACGACUAUUCGUAUUACCACCUUUCUGAAGCACAAAACGUCUCUGGUCACGUCCCAUAUCCUGUAGCGCUACAUGUCAAUAUAGUCAAUGUCCCUCAGCCAGCCGCCGCAGCCAUUCAGAGACACUAUAAUGAUGAAGACCCCGAGAAAGAAAAGCGAAUAAAGGAAUUAGAGUUGCUCCUAAUGUCGACUGAGAAUGAACUCAAAGGGCAGCAGGCGCUACCAACACAGAACCACACAUGCAGCUACCCCGGGUGGCACAGCACCACCAUUGCCGACCACACCAGACCUCAUGGAGACAGUGCACCUGUUUCCUGUUUGGAAGAACACCACUCCACUCCCUCUCUGCCUGUGGAUCCCAGCUCCUUACCUGAAGAAAGCGCCUCUCCAGCAAGGUGCAUGAUCGUCCACCAAGGAGCCAUUCUGGAUAAUGUUAAGAACCUCUUAGAAUUUGCAGAAACACUUCAAUUUAUAGAUUCUUUCUUAAACCCUUCCAGCAAUCACGAGAACUUAGACUUGGAAAUGCCUUCUUUAACUUCCGCCCCUCUUGGUGGUCACAAAUUGACUGUUACAACUCCAUUUCAUAGAGACCAGACUGUGAAAGCUCAAAAGGAAAAUACUAUUUUUAGAACUCCAGCUCUCAAAAGGUCAAUCCUAGAAAGCUCUCCGAGAACCCCUACACCAUUUAAGCAUGCGCUUGCAGCUCAAGAAAUUAAAUACGGUCCCCUGAAGAUGCUACCUCAGACACCGUCUCAUCUCGUAGAAGACCUACAGGAUGUGAUCAAACAGGAAGCUGAUGAAUCUGGAAUCGUUACUGAGUUUCCAGAAAAUGGACCACCUUUACUGAAGAAGAUCAAACAAGAGGUGGAAUCUCCGACUGAUAAAGCAGGAAACUUCUUCUGCUCCAGCCCCUGGGAAGCGGAGAGUCUGAGCACUCAGCUGUUCCCACAGGCCUCACCUGUGGCAGAUGUGCCGAAUAUUCUUACCAGUUCCGUUUUAAUGACUCCAGUGUCAGAGGAUGAAGACAAUGUUCUCAAAGCAUUCACAGUACCUAAAAACAGGUCCCCGGCGAAUCCCUUGCAGCCUUGUAGCGGAGCCUGGGAAGCCGCAUCCUGUGGAAAGAUGGAAGAUCAGAUGACUGCUUCGGGUCAGGCUCGGAAAUAUGUGAACACCUUCUCCACCCGGACUCUGGUCAUGUGAGAUGCUGCCACAGAAGCAUUAUGGUUUCAGAACACUUCAGGGCUUUAGGUGCACCCAUUCCUCUAUGUGGAACUUUUCAUAAAUGGGAGAAGAACCUAUUUUUGUUGUGGUACAACAGUUGAGAGAGGCACCAAGUGCAGUUUAGCUGGAUGAAGUCUUAACCGGCUUUCGCUCAACUAAAAUGAUAAGAAAAUAAAUAACAGUCUUACCUAAAUUAUUAGGUAAUGAAUUUUAGUCAGUUGUUAAUAUUGUAGUGAAGAUUUUUUUGAAACAGAAAGCAAUUUACCUGGAUUCUAGGAGAUUUAACAUACCCAUAUUUUUUCAUAAUGAGGUUUUUGAAAUUUUACGCACAAGAAGGUCCUCCAAUAUUUCACUUUUCUCAGUCACUAAACACAAUGCAUUACUAUAAAUGUUGGUUUUGGUGCCGUAGGGCAACUAAUCAAGAUUGUAAAUGCUCAUUUAUGCUUCACAACAUUGGAAGUCUGUCUCUUGUACCAAACCAUUUUAUGAGGUUUUUUUGUAAGCUUGCUCUAAAAGGUGUCACUGUAUGAAAUAGUUUUAUAAAAAGAUUUAUAUUUUUAUUCAGUAAUUUAAUUUUGUAUAUGCCAAAUGGAAAAUAUGUUUUGCUGCUACAGUCUUAGCCUGUAGACCUGCUGCUAGUGUGAGAGCAGUAGAGCUUUGGAAAGAAAGAAAACCUUGGUGAUCGGUAAUCGACUAUGCACUAGUUUGUCAGACUUUUUUAUUUUUUAUAUAUAUACUUUUUUUUCCUUUUGUAAUACAUUGGAAAACUUAUUUGGGAGAUUUCUGCAUUUGUUCCUGGUGUGUUGUCAUUGUUGUUGUUACUCUUGGUUUAUGAGAGCAUGUGUUGCACUUCUUUUUUUUGGGAGAUCUAUGUUAGUGGUGUUCUAUGUUUUAUUUUGAGUUUACCUCCCUCUUCUUUAACUUGGGAGUUACAAUGUGUUGUUCACCAUUCCUCGUGGUUUUUAAGUGCCUGGUUUCAGAACUGCCACACGUAACCCUUGUUUGUAGCUGGUGAGAAGAGUCGUGGGUCUUUUGGAAGUAUUUGGUGCACAGUGGCUAGCCCAGACCUGUUGGUAUGACAGUGUACUAACUGCCUCAGAAUGAAAUAAAGCUCUGGCCUUAUUUUA